AAAUAAUGUCUCCUUCCCGUGCUGUCGGAAAUUCAAGCAGAUCUAGACGUUAACAGUAAAUAUAUGUUAACAGUGUAUUUUCCAAUAGAUUUUUUUUUUUACAAGAGUAUUUGUGAGCAGAUGACAGAUGGCGGCCUCCAAAUAUAAGCGUUUCCUCAGGAAAAAGCACACCACUGAUAUGGUUGUCAGCAGCCUGAGGAAGGAGAAUGCCUAUCUGAAGAAGACCCUGGCUGAGCUGUCUCGUCAGCAUUCAGAACAUUACAAGCUAGUAGAGAGAUUCCUCUCUCUUGAAACUGUAAGGCUGGAGAAUUAUCCGCAGCUGAUGGCCAAAGACGAGAAGACUGCUUUGCCUUCAGAGCAGCUGAGUAAGAAAGGAGGGAAUCUGAUGGACGAAGUGGCCAUGAGGAGAAUAUCCACUUAUUCCAGAGAGAUUGAAGAAAUCAAGAAUAAGCUUGGCUCCAAGUCAGAUGAACAGACCUCUGUGACAGAGCUCCAAAAUCACCUCAGAGAUGCCUUGGAGAAGAACAAGCAGUGGCUGGAAUAUGACCAGCAGAGAGAGGCCUAUGUGAGGGCAAUUAUGGCCAGAAUGUUAUGGCUGGAGAAGCAGCUGAAUGAAGCCAAUCAGGCCCGCUCACAGCAGCACAAUGAAGACCAUUCAGAUGAGAAGGAGCGAAUGCGCCAGAUGCAGGAGCACUAUGAAAGACUCUUACAGAAAGCCAAAGACGAGCUGCAGGUGCUCAGGGAGCAGGUUGACAUCACCCACCAGAACCUGAUAAUAACUCAAAACUGUUGCAGGGAAAGGGAGGUGGAGGUGGAGGAGCUCAAGCAGCAGCUGCAGAAUGAAAAAAUGAACCCAAAAAGUUCAACGGAAGAUCACUGUUGCUCUGAGGAUGAGGAACUGAGGGAUGAGCCCGAAGACCUCCAGUGCAGACUGGAUGAGGAGAAGCGCAGGUCAGCUAACUUUGAGUUGCAGGCAAAUCUCUUUCAGAAGUUUAUGUUAAAUCGUCACCAUGCAGACCAGGAAAAGAUUGCAGACCUGGAGCGACAGAUCAAGAUUUCCUCACAAGACCUCGAGGAUGAGAGGCAGAAUUGUUCGUAUUUAAAGAAGCAAAUGGUCAGAGUCCUGAAGACGCUGCAAAAAACUAAAGCUCAUGUGACAAAGUCAAAGAGAGACCAGCAGGAUUGCAACUCAUGUCAAGCAACACGCCCGCCCUCCCAGCUCUCCAGAGACAGCCUGACAUCCUCCGCUCACAGCAGCUUCCUGGAGUGUCCCGGCUGCCAGGCCGAGUUUCCUGCCUGUCACUACCGGGAACUGAUGAACCACCUGGAGAUCUGUCUCGACUGAGCUGAGCCUUCAGCCUCUUCAGUUCUGUAUCUUCUUUAAUAUGGAUUGAUUUUGAUCCACACUGUUUAACCAGAGAUACAAGUUAA